AUGGUAUUUCUCCGCUCAGCCUCCCGCCUUGCGCGCCCCGCGUCCUCCCUCCUCACAGCUCGUGCUGGACCACGGUUGACAUCGGGCGCCGCCUCCCUACGACAACCGAAUCAGUUCAGAACGCUAACCGCGACCGCUUCACAACAGGGCAAGGUUCUUCUCGUUCUCUAUGAUGGCGGUGUCCACGCUGAGCAGGAGCCCCGUCUUCUCGGUACCACCGAGAACGAGCUCGGUCUGAGGAAAUGGAUUGAGGAGCAGGGCCACGAGCUCGUCACUACAUCCAACAAGGAGGGCGAGAACUCGGAGUUCGACAAGCACCUCGUUGAUGCUGAGAUUAUCAUCACCACACCAUUCCACCCCGGUUACCUCACAGCAGAGCGUCUUGCUAAGGCUAAGAACCUGAAGCUUGCGGUCACUGCCGGUAUUGGGUCCGACCACGUCGACCUCGAUGCUGCCAACAAGACCAACGGCGGCAUCACCGUCGCUGAGGUUACUGGCUCCAACGUCGUCUCGGUUGCUGAGCACGUCGUCAUGACCAUCCUCACACUCGUCCGCAACUUCGUCCCCGCCCACGAGCAGAUUGCGCGUGGUGACUGGAACGUUGCUGAGGUGGCAAAGAACGAGUACGAUCUCGAGAACAAGGUGGUCGGUACUGUCGCUGUUGGCCGUAUCGGCGAGCGUGUCCUCCGCCGCCUCAAGCCCUUCGACUGCAAGGAGCUCCUCUACUUCGACUACCAGCCCCUGCGCCCUGAGGUCGAGAAGGAGAUUGGUGCCCGUCGCGUCGAGAACCUCGAGGAGAUGCUCGCACAGUGCGAUGUGGUCACAAUCAACUGCCCUCUCCACGAGAAGACACGCGGUCUGUUCAACAAGGAUCUCAUUUCCAAGAUGAAGAAGGGCUCAUGGCUCAUCAACACAGCCCGCGGUGCGAUUGUUGUCAAGGAGGACGUUGCCGAUGCGCUCAAGAGCGGCCACCUCCGCGGAUACGGUGGUGAUGUCUGGUUCCCGCAGCCCGCGCCCAAGGACCACCCUCUGCGUUACGCGCAGAACCCCUGGGGCGGAGGCAACGCCAUGGUUCCUCACAUGUCCGGUACGUCGAUCGACGCCCAGGAGCGCUACGCCGCCGGCACCAAGGCCAUCCUCGACUCGUACUGGUCUGGUCGCCACGAUUACCGUCCGGAGGACCUUAUUGUACACAAGGGUGAAUACGCUACUAAGGCGUACGGUCAGCGCAGCAAUGCUGAGCGCACGACUGCCCCGAAAUAG